ACGAUGCUGGGUGUGUGGUUCCUGCUUCUGCUCUGGGGCCUGGCCGCUCCAUGCCAGGGGCUGCUUGAGACAGUGGGCACGCUUGCUCGGAUCGACAAGGAUGAGCUCGGUAAAGCCAUUCAGAACUCCCUGGUCGGGGGGCCUGUUCUGCAGAAUGUGCUGGGCACGGUGACAUCUGUGAACCAGGGCCUCUUGGGCUCAGGAGGGCUGCUUGGAGGAGGUGGCCUGCUGACCUACGGAGGAAUUUUUGGUGUAGUGGAAGAGCUCUCUGGGCUGAAGAUAGAGGAGCUCACACUGCCGAAGCUGUCACUCAAGCUGCUGCCAGGAUUUGGGGUACAGCUGGGUCUGCACACCAAAGUGGGCCUGCAUGGCUCUGGCCCCCUGGGGGGCCUCUUGCAGCUGGCAGCUGAGGUGAAUGUGUCAUCACGGGUGGCGCUGGGCAUGAGCCCACGGGGGACACCCAUGCUGAUCCUCAAACGCUGCACUAUGCUCCUGGGCCACAUCAGUCUGGUUUCGGGAUUGCUGCCUGCACCACUCUUUGGAGUUGUGGAACAGACCCUGUGCAAGGUGCUGCCUGAUUUGCUGUGCCCUGUGGUGGACAGUGUGCUGGGCGUGGUGAACGAGCUCCUGGGGACUGUGCUGAGCCUGGUGCCCCUUGGGGCUCUGGGAUCUGUGGAGUUCACUCUGGCCACACUGCCCCUCAUCUCCAACCAGUACAUAGAGCUGGACAUCAACGCCAUUGUGAAGGGUGUAGCUGGUGACAUGGUUGAUUUCCCCAAGCCCCACGUCCCAGUCAAGGUGCCCCCUAAGAAGGACCACACCUCCCAGGUGACAGUGCCAUUGUAUCUGUUCAACACUGUGUUUGGAGUCUUGCAGACCAAUGGUGCCUUGGACCUGGACAUCACCCCUGAGCUGGUUCCCAGCAAUGUCCCACUGACAACCACCAACCUGGCAGCUUUGGUCCCUGAGGCUCUGGGGAAGCUACCCCCAGGUCGGCACCUGCUGUUGUCACUGAAGGUGAAGGAAGUGCCCACGGUCAUGCUCCAGAGCAAGAAAGCCACAGUCUCCAUUGCAGCCAUCAUCCAUGUUCUGUCCUUCAUCCCUCAAGGGACCCCUGAAGCUCUCUUCCAGCUGAAUGGGGUGUUGACUCUAAAUGCCCAGCUGGCUCCCUCAGCCACCAAGCUGCACAUCUCCCUGUCCCUGGAACGGCUCGAUGUCAAGCUGGCCUCCUCCUUUUCUCGUGCCUUUGAUGCAUCCCGGCUAGAAGCAUGGCUCAGCGAUGUGCUCCGGACCGCGUAUGUGCAGAAGCUCAAUGUGGACCUGGAGGUUGGGAUUCCCCUGCCGAAAAUUCUCAAUGUGAAUUUUGCCAAUUCGCUUCUGGAGAUCAUUGAGAAUGCUGUCGUGCUGACUGUGGCAUCCUGA